AUACAAAACGGCUCUUUAAACUGCUAUAGUUUAUUUCACUUUUUUUUCUUAAAUGGAUGAAGAACAAUGGCCCAGCACAGAGAGAAACAGAUUACUAUCAACAAUGAGCGACACUACAUCCACCAAUAUCUCAGUGGCUCAAGCCAAUUCCACGGACAGUGGGCAAACUGGUUCUCUGCGACAAUCAAACAUGUCAAAGCCUGGUUCCACCAAAAGGCUGUACUUCUAUAAAAGUGGAGAUCCACGUUUUAAUGGAAUAAAGAUGGUUGUCACCAAUCGUUCCAUUAAAACAUUUGAUGCCUUGCUAGACAGCUUGUCCAAAAAAGUCCCAUUGCCUUUCGGAGUUAGGAAUAUUACAACUCCACGCGGAAUGCACCAUAUAACCAAUCUAGAGGAACUAGAAGAUGGCAGAUCCUAUAUAUGCUCCCACCAAAGAAAGAUAAAACCCAUAAACCUUGAAAGGGCAAGCAAGAAGCCCCUACUCUGGAAGAGCAGCAGACCAAUGAGUGCCCGGCGACGUGCUGUGCAAUUGGCUCAGCAUAAUGAGGUAGUACCUUUUCAGAGAGAAAACACCAUAGUGAUCGGGAAUUCAAAGAAACUUGUGAUUUUCAAAAAUGGUGACACAGAAUUUAAAUACAAUGUCAUCUUUAACCAGAAGUCUAUGCAAAGUUUCGACGCCUUUCUAGAGGAGAUAUCAGAGGCCUUGCAAUGUCCAAUCGUCAAGCUAUAUAGCACUGAUGGAAGAAGGAUCCUUAGCAUCCAUGCUUUACUGCUGAGUUCUGGAACAAUAGUGGCAGCAGGAACGGAACCUUUUAAGCAUGCAAAUUACGAGACUGAAAGGGAAUUUCUACCUUCUAAAUUACCUGGGAUCACUAAACGUGUGAUUCCUAAACAAAAAAGAUCUAAACCAGAAAUGAAAAGCCCUGGAAAGUGGAAAGUAUCAAUCCUUACCAGUGACAUUCCUUCUGCUGGAACUACAUCUCAGGUCUACAUCACAUUUUAUGGACAUCUGAAAGCUUCAGAGCCGGUAUUCCUAUAUAGUAAUGAAGACGAUGCAUUCCAGAGUGGUCAUGAAGAUACCUUUCAGAUUAACAUUGGAGAUAUUGGAGAAAUUUAUAAAAUACGUGUUGGACAUGAUAAUUCUGGAGAAUCUCCUUCCUGGCACUGUGAAGCGGUACAUCUGUUGAAUAUUUUUUCCAAUGAGCAAUUUUCCAUUAAUGUCAACCGCUGGCUCGCCCAGGAUCAAGAUGACAAAGAGAUCUGCAGAGAGCUUCCAGUGUCCCGACAAGGUCACACAAAACUUCCAGUAACAAUGUAUGAAAUCCGUGUGGUAACUGGAGAUUUGUGGAAUGCAGGAACUGAUGCUAAUAUCUAUAUAUCAAUUCACGGGGAGCGUGGGGACACAGGUUCGAGGCAUUUGCUUAUGUCAAACAAACCCAACAAAUUUUUAAAAGGACAAACUGACAUUUUCAUGCUGGAAGCUGUUCAUCUUGGGGAUUUACAUUCACUUGUCAUAGGCCAUGACGGACUUGAACCAGGAAAUGGUUGGUACUUGGAGAAAGUUAUCGUUCUUGAUCCAAUAAAAGAUAGAGAAUACAUAUUCUUCUGUUACAGAUGGUUGGACAAAGGUGAAGAUGAUGGCAAAAUUGCAAGGCAUCUAUUCACGGCAGAUGAAGUUGAUUUUCCGGCCAGGCAAGAGCUUGAACUGAAGAGGAAGCAUAUUUGGAACGCAGAAAAAUGGAAGUAUCAGAAAGGCAACAUUUUACAGUUCUACUGCAAAGCAACAAGGAAAUUUAUUCGACUCACUCCAGACAGCAAAGUGGAUGCUCUUGGAGAAAAGAAGGAUAAAUAUGGAUUCUUUGAUGUGAUGGUAAAACGAGGAAAUGUUCGAGUAUUUAAAAGCCAUCAAAUCUCAAGUGUUGCCUUGGCAAUUGACAAAGGAAUAGUUACUGCAAUGGAUAAUAGUGGGAUUAUAUGUGAACUGUUUGUCCAUCCUCAACUAAACCGGAAUGUUACAUUGGAAUCUACAAGAGUGCCGGGUCUCACCAUAUCCUUUGACAGGGAGGGUAGAGCUAAUGAUGGCAGCACUGAUGGUUAUGCUGGGAUUACUAAAGAAUUUGUUGUCCAUGUAAAGGGUAUUUUUCAAGAUGGCUCUAUUAUUUUGCUAACCACCAGCUGGGUUCAGGCUCUGUGUAGAAGAUUGGAUGGACUCUGCAGUGGAGCUGGGAAUCACAAUACAGAGUCAUACUGGAGAGUGCAAAAAAUGAGCUCUGCUGUCUAUAUGUUUGAAAGUGUAACAAACCCUCAUAACUACAUUCAAAUAAAAAAUGGCAAAUGUGAUGGAACCGGUUCAGGUGAUGACUACUGCAGUUUCAAAGUCGACAAACAUUUAGAAAGCGGAUCAGUGACUCUGGAAUCUAUAAAGUAUAAUGGAAUCUAUAUUGGACUUCAAUCUAACGGGAAUGCAAUACCAACGGUCCACACAGGGGAGAAAAACAUAAUGUUCUAUCCGAAAGUCAUCAAGUUUGGCAAAGAAAAACCUACAGAAUCAAAAGCCACACCCAAUCAAGACAAGGCAGAAUUCAACAAGCAUUAUGGCGAAAUUGUGCACACCCAGCAGACAGUGGCGUGGAGCCCAUCAGUAUCUCCACCCUUGACCAAAACAGAGAUGGUCAAGCAAGGAAGUUCUCAGGAUUCAUUACCCUUCUCAAAUGAAUGGAAGGUGUCCAUUCUUACAGGCAGUGUUGGGACUGGAGCUAAAGUCUCUCUCUGGUUGUAUGGACGUAGAGGAACAAAUGGACCCAUAACUCUUGGAAAAGAUGAUCAAGAACAGAUUUUCCAACCUCAACAAGAAGAUGAGUUCAUUGUGAAAAUGCCAAAAAUAGGAAAAUUAUAUAAGAUAAGGAUCGAAUAUGAUGGAAAAAGUGACCAACAUGAAUGGAAACUACAAAGAGUAACCCUACAGAAAAUGAAAAAUGGGAAAACAUAUUAUUUUGAAGUUAGCAAAUGGCUGUUAAAAAGCCGCGGAGGGUACAUUUGUGAGAUUCCAGUGGUUGAAAAUGGAAAAUUUGUGUACCCAAUUGUGACGUAUCAAGUCAAUGUCUACACUGGACCUUUUCAAACUGCAGGAACAGACGCCCCAGUUUACAUUUGUAUUCAUGGAGAAAACGGAGACACAGGAAAGAGGCUUUUGUUUAAAACGGAUUCUCUAAAUAUAUUCCACCAUGGUCAGCUUGAUGUCUUUGAAAUUGAAGCAGUGUCACUUGGGAAGCUUGAAAAAAUACACCUAGGUUGUGAGGCCAAUCACAAGUCACAGUACUGGCAUUGUGAGAAAGUAAUCAUCACGGAACAAGCAAAAGAUUCUGAAUAUAUCUUCAACUGUGAACGGUGGCUUCCCUUCAUGUCAGAGGGUGUCCUUUGUUCAGAAGUUGAACUUCGGGUGGAAGAAAUGCAGAUCACUAAUAGAGCAAAACAGUUGGAUGAAGAAUAUGAAGGAGUUUGGAAGGUCACUGUCAUCACUGGGGAUUUCCAAGAAGCAGCCACAGAUGCAACAGUCUUCCUUUAUGUGUACGGUGAGGGGACAAAUUCAGGACCCAUCAUUUUAGGAUCGGGGGUAGAUCAGCUCUUUAAUAUGAACAGUGAAGACACAUUCCAGGUUAACCUAAAUCAUGUGGAUAAACCAUAUAAAAUACGCAUUGGCCAUGACAAUUCAGGGGAAAAUCCUAAUUGGUAUCUGGAAGGGAUGAGACUUCAAAACCUACGAUCAGAAGAAGAAUUAUAUUUACCAAUGAACCGAUGGCUUGCAGAGGAUAAGGAUGAUGGGGACACAUGGAGAGAACUUGCUCUGACAAUAAAUGGAGGUCGUCCACUGCCACUUUUGGAUUAUGAAAUUCACGUUUACACAGGAGCUCUUUCCAGUCCUGGCAUAGACUCAAAUAUUUAUAUAAAUAUAAUUGGAAGAAGAGGAGAUUCUGGAAAACGAAAGCUGCACAGGUCCCAAAAUCACAAAGCCAUGUUUCGGAAAGAACAGGUUGAUAUAUUUAUCAUUCAAGCUGUUUCUUUGGGGUCUGUUCAGAAAAUCAAGAUUAGUCGAGAUGGAUCAGGACAUGGAAGUGGUUGGUUCUUGGACAAGAUAAUGAUUCAUUAUGCCGAAGAUGACACUGACUAUAAUAUUCUCUUUCCAUGCAACAGAUGGCUUUCUGUCCAUGAAGAAGAUGAAAUUACAGAAAUAGAGCUCUUUGCCAGCGAAGAAGAGAAUGCAAAACAACUAAUUAAAGAUAACAAAUGGAAUAUAAAAGUUAAAACUGCAAAGGAUUCCUCACUUAUGAAGAACAUGAAAGUUCAGCUUGUGAUUUAUGGGUCUGAGGGCAAGACAAGCAUCAUUACCCUACUGCCUCAAGCUGUGGGAACAGUGAGUUUUCUACCUGAUGCAGUGGAUGACUUUUUCGUGGAAUUUGAAAAUGUUGGAGAAAUAUACAAGAUACGCAUUGUCUGUAAUGAUUUACCUGUAUCACUUGGAUGGCACUUACGGCAUUUGCAUAUGAAACAACUGCAAACUAAACAAGAGAUUUACAUUGACUGCGACUGCUGGCUUUCUGUGGAUGCCGAACGAGAGGACAUUGUAAAGGAAUUUCCUGUAGUUAACAAUCAGCAAAAAACGUUACCAGUCUAUGAAUAUAUGGUUGCUGUUCAUAUUGGGGAUCACUGGGGAGCAGAAACCUCAGCUAAUGUUUAUGUCACACUGUACGGAGAUCGAGGGGACUCAGGUGCAAGGAAAUUAUACAAAUCUUCCUUACCCGGCGAAAAAUUUGCACGCAACAAGGUUGAUUACUUCCUCCUAGAAGCUGUUUCUCUUGGAAAGCUGAGAAAGGUGGUUUUAGGACAUGAUGGAGAUGGAUAUGGAGCAGGACCAUACCUGAAAAUGGUGACUGUAAAAGAAUCAAAAGAGUCCAGCAAUGAAUGGGUGUUUCCCUGUUGGAACUGGCUAGAUAACCACUUGGGUUUAUAUGAGACAGUUUGCAAACUUCAAACGAUAGGCUGGAGAUUAUCUAUGAAUCCUAACCCAAUUGCUCAGUCAGGCGGCUUAUGGAUAAUUGAUAUCACUGGCACUGAUUUUGACAGAUCGGAUAUUCCAGCCCAAUUUGACAUUUGGUUUUAUGGAGACAAGGACAAAGAAAAACUGGAAGCAAAAAUUGCUGGGAACACAAUACAGAUUGAGGAAGAACUUAAAAAUAUAGGUUCUUUGUACAAGGUGCGUUUUUCCUGGUCAAAUAUUCAACUAAAGAAAGCUUGGCAUCUGGCAUCCAUGCACAUGAAGCACACUGUUACCAAUCAGGAAAUGUGGUUAGUCAUCGAUAGUUGGAUAAAACCUAAUGAGGAUAAAUGCGUGGAAAUUCCUGCUCUACGUCCUAACAUAGAUCCCCUUCCUGUGGUAGAAUAUACCAUUUAUUUGCACACUGGAGAUGUGAUGAAUGCUGGGGCUACUGGUAUAGUUUACAUUUGUAUUGAAGGAGAAAAUGGAGACACUGGAAACCGUACAUUAUCUAUCUCUGGCAGUGAUGUACUUUCAUUUCACAAAGGACAGGUGGAUACAUUUCAAAUCAAAGCUGUACAUAUUGGGAAACUACAAAGAAUUGUGGUUGGCUUCAGAAGCUCAACUAAAGAUGCCUGGUUCCUUGAUAAGGUUAUUGUUAAGGAAACUGAAUUUUCUUUCACCAACUACGUAUUUGUUCACAAUGACUGGAUCACAUGUGAUGUUGAAACAGAACUCGUUGAAUCCUUAAUCAUCUUAACAGAACUGAACUCUGAAAAAUGUGUAGUGAAAGCUUCUAAUGAGGCGACAAAGGGAAAGUGGAUUAUGCAGGUGCUUGGAAUGCCUCGAGAAGAUGAAGACAUGGACAUCUCUGUGGUUAUAUUUGGAAGAACUGAUAAAUCACCUUUACUUAAAGUAAAAAACCUCAACUACAAUCCUUUUCUGCUGAACGUUGGUAACGUCGGGGAAAUAAUAAAGGUUUCAUUCCUAUUCACGAACCAGAGCUCGGAGAGGAGACUUCAACUGCAGAAGGUUCGCCUGAGAGAUUCAGACACUAAACAGGAGGUAGGCUUUUACCCUGAAGAUGCGCACCUUUCACAUGAAGAUGGUUCAGAGUCUGUGAUAGAAAUGCCGGCCAUAUUUCCUAAUAUACCACCACUAUCUGUAAUUUCCUAUUCAGUUCGCAUCAGGACAGGUUCUUAUCCGGCCUCUGGAACAGAUGCUGACAUAGUUUUGACCGUGUUUGGAGAAAAUGGAGAUACGUGUAAAAGAAAGCUGCAGCAUUUAUUUGGACAAGGGAAGGUAAAUGUUUUCGAUAUAAAAGCAGUAGACCUUGGCAUGCUGACUAAAGUACAGAUUGAACACAACGCCGUCGGUUAUGGAGCUGGAUGGUAUCUGGAUGAUAUCACCAUACAGGAUUCAAACGAGAGGGAGACUAAGUACUGGUUUCCAUGCCAGCAAUGGUUAGACACCGGGAUAGGUGAUCAACAGACUCAAUGUGAACUGAAGCUUCUGGGAAAAGUCAAUGAAAAUAUUCACAGACUAUCUAUAUCUGCUGAAGGAGUUCUCGAUGUCAUUAUUGUGUCGGAUGAAAUUCAAGAUGGUGGCAUCAAUUUUGAGGUAUCCCUAACCAUUUGCUGCGAGAAAGGAAACUAUGAACCUGUAGUAUUUGCAGGACAUUUACUGAAGCAAGGUGGAACAUCUCAGACUACUGUUGAACUUAACAGAGACCUGGGGGCUAUACGCAAAUUACGUCUGCAAAUGGAAGGUGAUUUAAAGGGAGUCAACUGGUUUUGUAAAGAGGUAAAGCUACAUCAUAAAGAAAGUAAUGAAUAUCUGCAAUUUCCUUUUCUUCAAUUGUUCACAAAUGAUGGGAAAAACUGUGCCGAACUUCCAGCCCUGUCUUCUGUUGGCCCUGCUUUAUCAGUAAAGACAUACACUGUCUACAUCACUGCUGUUCAAUUAAUGAAACUAACUGCAGACACAUUUGUUUACAUCACUUUGCGUGGAUCCUUAGGAGACAGUGGAAGAAGAAGAUUUCCUUGCAAGAAGAGUGCCUUUACCAAUAAAACAAAGACUGCAAGAUUUCAAUUGGAAUGUGUUGACAUUGGUGCUAUGCAAGAGAUGUUUGUGGGAAGAGAAAACCAAACAAAUUUACAGAUGGAAAACGCUGUAGUUGAAGAAGGAAAUUUUAUUACAAAAAAAUACAUCUUUGCCGUCCAACAGUGGAGAAAAGAAAAACACAAAAACAUGUCCAUGACUCUACCAGUGACAGAAGUCAAAGAAGGAAGUGCAGCAGAGGUUCUGAAUAAUGGCAACCAGCCCGUGACAUCAGAUGGUGAGUGGAUAAUUCACUUGACUACAUCCAUGUAUGAACAGCUGCAGCCAAUCACAGACCCUGUCAAGCAUCAUGCAAAUUUGGUUUUCGUGCUUUAUGGCAACAAGGGCAAGUCCAACCCCAUUAUAUUGGAGAACAAUACAGUAUCCCAAGUGAAGGGCCUGUCAGUUUUCAAGAUCGACUUAGCACAGGAUUUGGGUGAAUUAUACAAAGUAAGACUAGGUCUGGAGAAAUGGGAUGAAACUGCAAGGCUGUUUUUAAACCACUUAAAGAUGCAGCAUACAAAAACCUUGGACACGUUUAACUACUCAAUAUGUCAAACACUUCCGUUUUCAUUAAAUGGAGAUAGAUGGAUUGAAAUCCCAAUAGAAUGGCCUCUGAAAUCCUCCCUUUCUGUGGUCACCUAUUAUGUCAAUGUACUUGGCACUGGCACUCAGAACCUGCAAGAUGGAUUCGAGUUAUCUGUGUGUUUACAUGGCAAGAAUGGAGACUCAGGAGACAGACACCUCACUUGGCAAAAGUCAAAGGAUAAAAAUGGAAAGGAGGUACUUACAGCUAUAUUGCAAGCAGUGGACAUUGGAGACUUGUACAGCAGUGACAUUUCAAUAAGCAGCAAAUCUGAUUGCCAGCUUCAUAUCACAAAUAUUUUUGUAAAGGAAUCUUCACAGAAGGAGAUCUCUGUAUUUGAAGUAAACCAGGACUUUUUAAUUGAUGCAAACGAGCCCAAAAUAAGAAAACAAGUCCUUCUAUCACAAGUUAUCCGUAAUGAACAUUUAGACCAAAAACAAAACAAAUCACUUGAUGGAGAUCAGAUGGAAAACACUGAAGAAGAAUUGGCAGAAUAUCUGAUUAAAGUGUACACAGGUGAUGUGAGAGGAGCCGGCACAGAUGCUCAUGUGCAGAUAAGUUUGUUCGGGUAUCUGGAUUCAUUUGGACCCAUUGAACUAAAUCAGCCAAUGGAAGAUCAAAAUCCUUUUCAGAGAGGCAAGCUUGAUACAUUUAAAAUUCUAACAAACAAUUUGGGAAGGAUCGUUUAUAUUAAAGUAGGACAUGACGGCAAAGGAUUUGGUAGUGGCUGGUUCUUAGACAGAAUUGAAAUUACAAAUUUAACCACAGAAGAAAUUACAUUAUUCUCAUGCAACAGAUGGCUGUCUGAAAAUGAAGAUGAUGGAAGUACCAUGGUACAGCUUUACUCCUAGCUAAUAUCUCUGAUCUAUGUGUUGCGCAUGAAUAAUAUGUUCCUCUUCUGUAUCUGCAUUUUCCCUGUUAUAUAUGUGCAUUGGAUGGAGAUUCUUACAGUUUCAUGAUUCAUGUUUUAUUAUGGGAAUUAGAAAGGGACACAGCACUUGUUUUAUUUAGCCAAAAUUGUAUUAUUAAAACAUUUCAGUCUUU